AUGUUCGCCAUGACUAGUUUGAUGAACAUCGCCCACCGUGCCUUUGGCGAGCAAGACCCCUGGGGCCAUGAAUUAUUCCAGUUGCCCCUCUUUAUGACAGGGAUUGAAACCAAGGAUCGAAUUCACGUAGAGUGGAUAAUUUCUAAAAUGAGCAGGUUGCGCUUUCGCACAGCAUUAAGUGAAAUUAUAUCCAUUCAAGACCGAAUGGGGAGACGGCUUUCUAUGGCCCGUGUUAAGCAAAUCUUGGAAGACCUUGCAAGAGAAGGAACUAAUGAGCGAAGUAAAAGCAAAGGCAGACCAACCAAGAAGGAAGCAGAGAAGAAGCAAUUUGAAGGCCCCUCGGUUAAACCGUCGGAGUCUGCAAUGAACGUUGUGUGUUCCUUCAACAGCGCUGACCUUUCUGCCACAUAUGCGCCCUGCAAUGACUCACUGCAGAUCUUCGAGAACAUUGGUAUGAUCCGUCGGAAUGCUUCUCCUGUCGGUCGCCUCGUCCAGCCCCAGCCAUGA